GCGGGUAGUGCGCAGGGGUUUGCGAUGGCCAAGCACACCGUGCCGUUGGCGCGUUUCUGCAAGGUGGACGUGGAUGAGUACGACAAGAACAACUUCGUGGACGAGGAGGACGGUGGUGACGGGCAGGCGGGACCCGACGAGGGCGAGAUGGACUCAUGCCUGCUGCAAGGAAACAUGACGGUGGCCCUGCAGGCAGCUCUGAAGAACCUGCCCAUCAACGCCAAAAGCCAGGCGGCCAAGGACCAGGCGGGCAACAUCGUCUUGAAGGUGCUGGUGUCCUUCAAAGUCACUGACAUCGAGAAGGUAGUGCAGUUGCUGGACAGGAGCAGCGUGGACCUGCUGAUGAAGUACAUCUACAAGUACUUCGAGAGCCCGUCCGACAACUGCAGUGGCGUCCUGCUGCAGUGGCACAAGAAGGCGCUGGCCACGGGGGGCGUGGGCUCCAUCCUGCGGGUCCUCACCACCAGGAAAACGGUGUGA